ACUUGAAUUACAAGAUUCCCAUUUCCCAACCCCACUUAAAAAUUCAUAAACUUUUGUUAAUAAUCAAGAACAAUUAUGGUUACCCAUUAAUUUAAUUUCUUUUUACUUUUUGCGCGGAGCACUUUUUUUUGUUUAUGUUUCCGAUGAUCAUUUUCUAUUGGUUCGAAGAUAUUUAGCAAUGGAGGAGUUGUUAUUAGUUGGAGUGAGGGAGUGAAGUGAGAUCGAAAUGUUGUGCAGAAGAAUCUCCAGCAAUGGCGAUUCCGGAUCGGCGCCAGUGUACCUCAAUGUGUACGAUCUGACGCCCAUUAAUGGCUACGCAUAUUGGUUCGGCCUCGGAGUUUAUCAUUCCGGUGUUCAAGUUCAUGGGAUUGAAUUUGCAUUUGGGGCUCAUGAAUAUCCGAGCACAGGGAUAUUUGAAGGGGAACCGAAGCAGUGCGACGGAUUCAAGUUCAGAAGAUCAAUUUUGAUUGGGAAAACAGAUUUGAGUCAAGCAGAAGUGAGGUCAUUAAUGGAGGAACUUGGUAAAGAUUACAGAGGAAAUGCAUAUAAUCUAAUCACCAAAAAUUGCAACCAUUUUUGCAACCAAGUUUGCAUGAAACUCACUGGAAAUUCCAUCCCAAGUUGGGUCAAUCGUCUAGCAAGAAUUGGGUGGAUUUGCAACUGUGUUUUACCAGCAACCUUAAACUCCACAAAAUUUGGACAAAACAGAGUGAAAAAGAAGACAAGUGAAGAAGAAGAAGAAGAAGAAGAGAAGAAGAAGAAGGAAUCGCCAAUAGUCCAAACAGCUGAAAUUGCAGCUUCUAAUUCAUCUUCUUCUUCUUCAUCUUCUCCAACCAUUCUCCGCAGAGGCAGAAGCAGAACCAGACGACCUCGUCCUCCACCUUCUCCAUUGAUUCCCACUUCCAAUUCUUGAAGAUUACUCCUCCCCCCUCUAAAUUAUCUCUCUCUCUCUACAAAAGGCAUUUUUUAUGGGGGUAUUUCAGUGAUUAUGUAAAUUGUGUAUUAUUAGGCAAAGUGGGUUGUUUGCCUGUCUCUUCAGUGUUUUCCCCUCCAUUACUGUCCCAUUUUCUUGGAUUUUCUUGAGCUGCCAUUAAAGUUACAGGUUGGGUUUUGAAGUUUCUUGAUGGGCAAAUUCAUUUUUUUUUUGUUGCAAAUA